GAUCAUUCCAAUCCAUGUAGGGUGAAGAUAAUCCCGUGUUUACGUGUCGACAAAGCUCUGCUUCGUCAAGCUAGCUGCUCAUCAUUUAGCCUCCACAGCUAACCUGCGUCAGCGGCGGAAGCUAACAGGCUAACAGAUAACCCACCUAAAUAUGCAGGUACCUUUAGAGAGGUAUUACUACAAACCUGUGCAGAACUGCAGAUCCUGGCUUUGGAGAGGAAUUGAGAGCAUCUGGGAGCAAACCUGGUGGACAGUUUCAACUGUGAACUAACUAUGCCUUAUCUCUGAGGAUGGGAGGAAGUGGAUCCAAAGCCAAAGGAGUCUGGCCUUUCUCAGGCAGUGGAGCUGGAGGGGAUUCACCUAGUGAUGGAAAUGAGCAGUCUGUGGCCCGUCUCAAAGGCUCCAGAAAUGCAACACCGUUUGUUUUUACCAGAAGGAGCUCUUUGUACUAUGACGAGGAUGGCGACCUCGCCCAUGAAUUCUAUGAAGAGACGGUGGUAACAAAAAAUGGCAGAAAAAAGUCCAAGUUGAAGAGGAUCCAGAAAAAUCUGAUCCCACAGGGCAUUGUGAAGCUGGACCACCCCUGUAUUCAUGUAGAUUUCCCCAUUGUGCUCUGUGAGGUGUGAAAAGUAGCACAGGACUUCUAAAUUAUAAAGUGCAGCCACAGGUCCACAUCUCAAAGGAAAGUCUUGUUCUGGUCUACAUGCAUCGCAGUCAAGACUAGGACCAUGGCUAUGAGAGAAGAUGGAUAAUUCAAACUGGCACAUUAAACUGAUAUAUUGAAUGAAAUGUUUUACAUUUGAAUUCAACUGUGGUCAGAGGAUGCCCUGGUCACAAAAACCCUAAUUUGAUAUUCACAAUCCUACUGAUGGUACAGGUGGUGUUUCCACUACCCAGCUGAUAUGUAUGCAGUCGUAGAGAAACCGUAUUUCUCUUGUAAGUCUUUUGCAGGGAAAAACAUCCUUGAUGUGAAAAGGCUUUAAUGGUAUAUGCCUUCUGUGAGACAUAGAGUGAAACUGUAUGUGCCCUCGUAUGUGUACAUGUGUGCACUUUUGGUUUGUUUAAGUGAGUGUGUGAGAAGGAUUGAAGAUGUACUCACAGGGUAGAAUUAUGAAGGGUUGUGAAAUGUAUUGUAUAUAUGGUCAUGUUCUGUAUUGUCACGUCUGAGUCUGUCUCAGUUACCGAAGCUCAGACCUGCACUAGUGAACAUAAUGCACUGUAAAUAAUUUCAGACUUCUUAGUUGGAAAUACUUGAAUAAAUGGUAACUGAGCUGAA